CCUAUAAAGGAGAUGUAUUGGCACCACUGCAUUAAAACGAUAGCUUAAGUCUUGUAAAUCAGGAAGAGAUCAUCUUCGAGAUGUAUUGUCUGACUCUGCUCACGUAUUUUGCCUUUGCUUCGUCUGGCAUAUCAGCUGUCUUUGGCCUUAGUUCUACAGAUAGCGAGCACAAUUUGGCCAAUUAUUCUCCUCCUGAAAACAUCUGCUAUGUAGAGCCUAUCGGUGGCAUUGAGUGGAUUUUACAUAAAAGGCGGUCAGAUUUCGGAUGGAAAGAAGAUACCCAUCGGGCUAUUAUCGCGCUUGCAGUCAAUGACUGGAAGAAUGUGCCACAGUCGGAUAUUCGACAAAAUGAAUUACAACUGGAAAUUGAAAUUACAAGGGCACUGCUUAGAGCUAGUAUAUCUACUUUUCAUGCGAACGACUUGGCUCUUUAUAUACAUGCACUCAUUGCAAUAAAUCGUAACCCCCGGGAUUUCCAUGGUGUCGAUUUAGUUGAAAAGCUUUUGAAAGUGGUGGAGAACGAGGAGCAGGUGCAUCCUUUCCUAAUUCUGGCACUAUGCAAUGCUAAAGCGGUAUCUUCUUAUCAUUUGGAUAGCAUAAUUUCUUAUACUGGGCAUGAAGAACGAGAAACAAGCCGUAAAAUAGAAUAUAAAGCUUUGGCUGUAAAAGCACUUGCAUGUGCGGAAGAUUUGCGUUUAGCUAGUUAUCUACAUACAAGAGCUAAAGAGCAUGGUAUUCAAUGCUUGCGACAUUUUCAAAAAGAGGAUGGACAUUUUGGUAACUUAUACACGACAGCAUUAUCUGUCCAAGCUCUUAUAGCUUCCAACAUUUUAGACGGCUGGAAAAAAGACGAAGCCAUUGAGUAUUUAAAGAGCCAAUCAACAGUAAAUGUGAACAUGGUCUCCACUUAUUAUAUACAGUUAGCACUGAAUGCCCACCGAUACAAGUUCGUCAAGGAUAUCCAUCCGCAUUUAGUCAUAGAACGUGCUCCAGAAAAAGAAUGGUAUCACAAUUUCAUCCACUACACCAUCAGAACAAGCAAAAAUCCAGAUGUAUAUUUUACCAUCACUAUAAACGCUGCACCAAAUACUUCGUUUUUUGAUAUCAUGAAACUGAGUCAAGAACAUGAUUCUAAAUUCAAGUGA